AUGCCUACCCCGCAUAAGUGGGAUUAUUUCGCAAAUAAUUUCACACAAGCUAAUUCCUGUGUCAAGGCAACAUCCGAAGCCUUCGGUAAACUCUCGGCUUCAUUGCUUCCCUACCUAUCCUUCGCUGAAGCCUUUGCCGCCGUUCAAAAUCAAGAAGCCGACUACGCAGUGAUCCCUUGCGAAAACUCAACCAAUGGCUCCGUUGUUCAGACUCUCGACCUUCUCGCCGACCGCAAUGAUCAAUAUAAAGACGUGAAAGUAUGCGGCGAGUACUAUUUGACCGUCCACCACUGCUUAUUGGUUCACAAGGGCUCACAUCCCUCCGGUUGGCCGGCAUAUGACGGGUCAAUCACCAAACUAUACACACACCCCCAGGCCUGGGGUCAAUGCGAGAAAUUCCUCUCUCAAUAUUUCAAGGGUGUGGAACGACAGGAUGUCUCUUCAACCUCCAAGGGGGCGGAGAUUGUCUCCAAGGAGCCGACGGAGAAGACCGCAGCCAUUGCCAGCCGAUUCGCGGCGGAGUUCCACGGUGUCGAUGUAUUGAAGGAGAAUAUUGAAGAUCGAGCUGAUAACACAACUCGUUUCCUCAUCUUGAGGAACAUUCUUUCUCAACGGACGGCUGAGUUUGAUUUAGAGCAGCCUAAGGCGCCUACUUCGGUGGAACGACCGGUUCAUGAGAACACGCACAAGACGUUGAUCUCGUUCUCCAUUGAUCAUUCCUCGCCGGGUGCAUUGGCAAAUGCGCUUCUGAUUUUCAAGAACCAUGGGCUGAACCUCACCACUAUAAAUACCAGGCCCAGUUUGAAACAGGCUUGGCAAUAUAUUUUCUUUGUGGAGUGUGGACAAACGCCAACAGAGGAAAACAAGGAUGCGGUUGUGAAGGCAUUGCAAGAUCUACAAAAAGUUACUGAGUCAUGUCGGGAUCUAGGGACGUGGAAAGAUCAGCUGAGUGCACAGACUGCCUAA